CCUACUUCAUUCAACACUUCACCACUUCACCACCACCUCGUCUCAACAUCCUCACUCACCUUUGGUUUGCCCGCAACUCGACUUGGACUUCAAUACUGGGACUCGUCCGCUUCUCCCUUCACUUCCACAUCCACUCCGUCAAUGCUCUGUUGCGAAUGACCCCGCCUACUCCUCUCCAACAUGGCCCUCCCCGGCAGUGUCGUCGGCGCGACUCUCAACAUCCUGCGCCGACAGGUAGAGGAUGUCGAUCCCGACGAACCCUCCGAGGCCGGUGAAAAGGAAAUCUUUUCGUCAUGGUCUCUCUUCAUUUUGAUCAUGCUUCUCAUAGCUGCCCUGUUCACCAGCUACAUUCUCCAACAGAAGAGAAUCCAAGCCGUCCACGAGACUGUCAUCUCCAUAUUCACUGGUUCGUCGAUUGAACUGCGUCCAUGCGCUCUCCCUCCCCCGCAAUCCCUUCCCCGGAAAUGCGACUCUUUCCACUGUACAGCCAACUAACAAUCUCUUCGAUCAGGCAUGGUGGUGGGCUUGAUCAUAAGACUUUCUCCAGGAACUGCUAUUCAAGACACUGUCAGUUUCGACUAUCAGUUCUUCUUCAACCUCCUUCUCCCUCCCAUCAUCCUUGCUUCUGGCUACGAACUUCAUCAGGCCAACUUCUUCCGUAACAUCGGCACAAUCUUGACCUUUGCUUUUGCCGGCACCUUCAUAUCCGCCGUUUCUCUCGGUUUGAUUCUCUGGUUAUGGACCAGAAUCCCUUUUGAUGGCCUCACCAUUUCCUGGGUCGAGGCGAUCUCGGUCGGAGCCACCUUAUCUGCCACCGACCCUGUCACCAUCCUCGCCAUCUUCAACCUUUACAAGGUUGAACCCAAGCUGUACACUGUCAUCUUUGGCGAAUCCAUCCUCAAUGAUGCUAUCGCCAUCGUGUUAUUCGAAACCGCUCAGCGGUAUAAAGAUGGUAGUUCUGCUGGCAAUCUCGGCAUUGUCAGCCUCUUCGAGGCUGUUGGCAUCUUCCUGUUGGUCUUCUUCACCAGUCUCUUGAUUGGUGUGGUUGUCGGUGUCGGCACUGCGCUUGUCUUGAAGUAUACCCUCAUUCGAAGGUUUCCCAAGCUCGAGAGCUGUCUGGUCAUUCUAAUCGCGUAUGCCAGCUAUUUCUUCUCCAAUGGUGUCCACAUGUCAGGAAUCGUCUCGUUACUAUUUUGUGGUAUCACUCUCAAGCAUUAUGCCUAUUACAACAUGUCUCGCCGCACACAGCUUACAACCAAAUUUAUCUUUCAGAUUCUGGCCCAACUCUCAGAAAAUUUCAUCUUCAUCUACUUGGGUCUCACCUUGUUUACCGAAACCGACCUCGUCUUUAAGCCACUUUUUAUCCUGAUUACGGUAAUUGGCAUUUGUGCUGCGAGGUGGCUCGCAGUUUUUCCUCUCUCUAGAGCCAUCAACUAUAUUAUCAGAUUGCGUGCCAAAAGGCGCGGCCAGGACGUUGCAGAAGAGCUCCCAUGGCACUAUCAAGCAAUGCUUUUUUGGGCCGGGCUCCGAGGUGCCGUUGGAGUAGCGCUUGCCGCUGGUCUGCAAGGCAAUGAAGGACCUGCACUUCGUGCAACAGUUCUCGUUGUUGUUGUCUUGACCGUCAUCAUCUUUGGUGGCACUACUGCGCGAAUGCUCGAAAUUUUGGGCAUACGUACGGGAGUCGUCGAGGAGAUUGACUCUGAUGAUGAAUUCGAUAUUGAAACGGUCAACGGAAGUACAUACUAUAAGCGAUCCAGCGGUACAGGAUUUGGCAACAAUCCUCGUCCUCCAAACAUCAAUCUGGACUACUUGAAUGGAGGCCGGCAAGGCGCCGUUAAUGGCUCUGUUGGAGCCCCAGGCAACAACCGUGGCCAAGCAGAUCGCGGAUUCAGCAGCAGCAAUGGCCGAUCCCCGCCGCUCAAUGUUGCCAGGUUAGCCGGCCAACGCAAGAAUUCAAGCAUCUCCCAGCGCGAAAGAGAAGCUAACGCACAACAUGGGACGCUCUUGUCUGGUGAUAAUGGCUCAAUGAGCGAUGAUGAGUCGGACACCAUCGAUCUGGAUCUUCCUCCCGCUGCUCCGCGAAGGAAACCCUCACCUUUGGCCAUGUCAGGCGGCGGCAACUACCCCACAGGCCCGGGCACCCUGGACAAUAGGACUCGUUCAGCACCUAAUAUCUUGAGUGAAGAUCCUCUUGGCGAUGGCGAUAUGGGACUGGGGUCGAAUUCAAAUACGCCUGGGGCAUCGGCAUCCCACUUGACGGGGACUGGGCGCAUAAGAGAUCUACUCCGAGGCGCAACAGCGGAUCACACGGCUUGGUUCAAGCAACUGGAUGAGGAUUUUAUCAAGCCGCACUUGUUACUGGAUCAGGGACAAGGCAAGGGGCCACCUCCUGUCUAGCUGGUGCCCUGUGGCACCCUUCGGGGCUGGAUCUAUUCUACCAUGUAAACUAUUUGCGUUGGCCUUUUCUCAACGAACAAGUGUAGGAUUCAAGGAACGAGGCCAUCUAUGAACAAAAAGGUGGCACGAAGAGAUAUGGGUUCGCACGGCGUCAAGAAAUUUGCUAAAUACACAAGUCGCAUUGUCGUCGAUGUGUUCCAUUGGUUGGUAGUACGUACAUUCAGAGGUUCGGAGACCUACUUAGAGGCAAACUGCCCCAGUAUGUGAGCUCUGCCAUCGUAGAAGAUGGACAUUUACCUGUCAGAACAUGUAAUCAAAUUAGAUAGAAAUGCAGCACACGACCAAUCCAACG